UUCAACUAAACAAUGACAUCACAUCCACUCCUAACUCAGGAAUGUCAUUGAGCUGGUUGAGGAAUGUCAGCACUGUGUUCUACUACGAAGUGUGAGAUAAAAGUAGCAAGAAAGAAUUAGAUUGUUUGCGAGCUCUACAUAUGACAAAUAAGCCAUAAUUAGGAGUCUUCCAGUUGUGGAGAAACAUGGACUUUCAGUGAGAGUGACAGCAGUGGCACUCCAUUGAAUGUGUCACAAAGGUGUCAGCUGAGGUGCACGCAGCAGAGGGGUGUUCUGUACAGUAUGAGGGAGGAGAUUGAGCAGAAAGAAAUGCAUUUCAACACCACAACUCCCCACAUUUCACCCCCAAACCACAAAUCUGGAUUUCCUGGUUACUAUGCACCGCUUCCCUUUGUACUACUCAUACUGAUUGGAUGUGUUCUGGCAAUGGUUGUUUACAUCAGGAGGAGGAGGUCAAGACUAGGUGAGCUGCGCCAUAGGAUGAUUCCUCUGUACAGCUAUGAUGCCGCAGAGGAAGAAGAAGAGUGGGAGGACUCUGGCAGGGAAGAGGAGGAGCUGAAUGAACCGUUGUAUAAGGAGGGAAAGCUCUUCUUUUCAUCCGUCUAUGGAACAUGAACAGAAAAUCAAGAAAGAAAAAACAAUGUGGCCAAAUUACAGGAAGAUUUCUCCAUUUCUAUUUUGUGUUGCAGAUGCUUUACAUAUACAGACCGGACUCUGAAUAAUAAA